CAUUAUCCCCCAUCACCGCCACCACCACUCAACCACCACCUCACCCGCCCACUUCCCCAUACCCACCCCAAUACCGACGGCCUACCACCAAACACAAACCCUAAUCCUAAACAAAGUCCUGCAUCAGAAGCCAUGGCGGCCGCCGGGCCGCCGGCGGCGCCGCCGAGGAGGCCCGUCCCCGGCCAGCCGUGGUCCCACAUCGAGACGACCCACCUGAUCGACGCCUACGCGGAGCGGUGGUAUGCCCUGAAGCGCGGCCAGCUCAAGGCCCAGCAGUGGGAGGAGGUCGCCGCCGCCGUCGCCGCCCGUUGCGGCAUCGACGAGCCGUCCAAGACCGGCACCCAAUGCCGCCACAAGAUCGAGAAGCUCCGCAAGCGUUACCGCGCCGAGCGCCUGCGCCCCGGCUCCUCCGUCUGGCCCUUCUUCAGCCGGAUGGACCGCAUGGAGUGCGGACCCCUUCCCAUCUCCGCCCGACAGCCGGUCCCGCCGCGUCCCGCCUCUGCCCCGUCCACCGACGAGGACGAGGUGGAGGAUGAGGAGGAGGAGGAGGAGGAGGACGAGAGGGUGGGGAGCAACACCCGGAGCAUCAAUGGGAUCCUUCGGGAGCCCAACUGGGGGCCAUCUAGGGUUCCCAGAAAUCACGUCCCCGCGACAAGGAGAGCUUUGGAGAUGGAGGAAGGGGAAUCCGAGGAGGAAGAAUCGGAGGGCGAGGACGCAGGCGGGAACGAGGUCACGUCGCAGGUGGCGGCAGUAUUGAGGGGGUUCGGCGACGGCUUGGCGCGGAUGGAGAAGAGGAGGAUGCAGUUGAUGAGGGAGGUGGAGAGGGAUUGGAUGCAGAUGGAGACGAAGAGGGCCGAGAUGCUGAGGGAGUCGCAGCGGUGCCUCUUGGACAUGAUCGCCGACGCUCUUCCUUCAUCCAAGAAGGCCAAGAAAUCUCACGAUCUAUAAGCUACUGCAAAAGGUGGGAACCUCAGGAAUUGAGUAACAGUAUGCUUUUGUUGUUGCACCUGCGGGAUUUGAUCUGCUUACUGAGGGCAUUUGUAGCAUCUUUCUUCCUUCCUAAUGCCACCCUUAAACUGAUCCUGAAGGGCAUGACACUGGAUUAGUGAGGAAAAACAUAUUGCUUGGAAAAAGUUUCAGUAGGUUCAAAUAUUGCUACAGAAGUUGUUUCUAGUUUUUGCAUCUUAGAAGUAUACGACGAGAAAUACAUUGCACAAAAGAAAAAAAUUACUAUACUAGAUGAAAAUUUACAUUUUCCAAGUGCUGUGUCCAUGCCGGGUUGGGUCUUAUAUAAGAUUUUCCAUGUUGGUAUAUCUAUAUCAUGUCAUAUCUAUAUCCAUGUUUCAUAGUGUAUCAUUGUCCAAAAUAAAGCUCUAUUUUUUC